CUGGCUGUCUCCUGGCAACGGCAAACGCGGGAAGCCUCGAGGGCCUUGUGGCUUGCAGGCUCUGCUGGAGGCUACCCUGGUGGGCCGCAGGCAUGGCUUCCAAACAGGCUAAAAGGAAAGAAGUGCAUCGGAUCAAUUCCGCCCACGGAUCAGAUAAAUCUAAAGAUCUCUACCCCUUUGCCAGCAAUGUGCCUCCUGGUUCUUCUGAACAGAAGAAGGGAAAGUUCCCGAUCUGGCCGGAGUGGAGCGAGGCAGACAUAAAUGCUGAAAAGUGGGAUGUAGGCAAAGGCGGGAAGGAGAAGGACAAGACGGUCAAGAGCCCCAUCUUUCACUUUUUCGAAGACCCUGAAGGAAAGAUUGAAUUACCGCAGUCAUUGAAAGUAUUUUCCUGGAAACGACCGCAAGAUUUUAUAUUUAGUCGAACUCCUGUAGUUGUGAAAAAUGAAAUCACAUUUGACUUAUUUUCAGCAAAUGAACAUUUACUCUGCAGUGAGCUUAUGAGGUGGAUUAUCAGCGAAAUCUAUGCUGUAUGGAAGAUAUUCAAUGGCGGGAUUCUGAGCAAUUACAAUAAGGGAAAUUUGGGAGAGCUUCCUGUUCUGCCCUGGAAACCCUGGGAACACAUAUACUCUCUCUGCAAGGCUGUGAAGGGUCAUAUGCCUUUGUUCAACAGCUAUGGGAAGUACGUCGUAAAGCUUUACUGGAUGGGAUGCUGGAGAAAGAUAACUGUUGAUGACUUCCUGCCAUUUGACGAGGAUAACAAUCUCUUGCUUCCAGCUACAACCUAUGAGUUUGAACUCUGGCCAAUGCUACUGUCGAAAGCUAUCAUUAAGCUGGCAAAUGUUGACAUCCAUGCAGCACACAGGAGAGAGCUAGGAGAACUCACAGUAAUUCAUGCUCUUACUGGGUGGUUACCUGAAGUCAUCCCUCUUCAUCCAGCGUAUGUGGACAAAGUUUGGGAGCUCUUGAAGGAAAUACUGCCUGAGUUUAAGCUCACAGAAGAGCCCAGUUCUGAAAGCAAAAUCACAACGAUAGACAACAAACUGAAGGAAACCACGAAAGAGAACAAGGAUGGUAAGAAUGGCAAGGAUGGCAAGGAUGGCAAGGACGGCAAGGAUGGCAAAGAUGGCAAGGACAUGAAGGAUGGGAAGGACUUCAAAUCGGAAGUCUCCCUUACAACCCUGAAGGUUCCUGAGAAGGGCGACAAAGCUGCAAAGGAGAAAGCAGAUGCAAAAGACCUUGGGAAGAAGAAUAAGAAGGAUGGAGAGAAGGAGAAGGAAAGAUUCAAAUUUUCACUCCAUGGUUCGAGACCCUCAUCCGAUGUUCAGUACUCUAUGCAGUCCUUGUCAGAUUGCUCCUCAGCUAUACAGUCCCCUCAAAUGGUUGUGUAUGCCACCUUUACACCACUUUAUUUGUUUGAAAACAAGAUCUUUACAUUAGAAAAGAUGGCGAAUUCUGCGGAGAAACUUAGGGAAUACGGUCUUUCUCACAUUUGUAGUCAUCCUGUGCUGGUUACCAGAAGUAGGUCAUGUCCCCUUGUCGCACCUCCCAAUCCUCCUCCUUUACCUGCCUGGAAACUCAUUCGCCACAAAAAGGAAACAGUGAUAACGGAUGAAGCUCAAGACGCUGUUCCAAAGAAGCCUGAGCAGUACCUUGAGAUUUCAAGUCCAUUUUUGAAUUAUAGAAUGACUCCAUUUACGAUUCCAACAGAAACACAUUUUGUCCAAUCUGUCAUUAAGAAAGGAACACCACUGGGAUCCAGUCUUCCUCCCCUUGUGGAAAAUGAUUUAGCUGCAAGUAACAGCCAAGGGGAAAUGAACAUAGCAAAUGGAAACCCGUCUCAGGGCAAUAUUGCACUGCAAGUUAUACCUGGAAAAGAUGAACUUUCAGAGCCUGCUCUGGGGGAGUCCCACCAACUUGAGGCUAUUAGUGUAGACAAGGAUUUGGUCAGCCUGACUACAGCAACACUGGACAAGUCACAGGAAGAGCUGGCAGUAAACGAAGGCAUUUCCAAAGAAAUAUGGCUAGACUUUGAAGACUUCUGUGUGUGCUUUCACCACUUAUAUAUUUUCCACAAACCAAGUUCUUAUUGUCUUAAUUUUCAAAAAUCAGAAUUCAAGUUUGUGGAAGAGCGUGUGCCCUAUUAUCUAUUUGUGGACAGCCUGAAGCCUAUUGAACUACUGGUUUGCUUUUCUGCUUUGGUGCGCUGGGGGGAAUCUGGAGCCUUAACAAAAGAUAGCCCUCCCGUGGAGCCUGGGCUCCUGACAGCUGAAGCCAUCACCUGGAAAUCCCUGAAGCCUCUUAGUUUUGUUCUGAGGAUUCACACCUAUGCCACGAAGGCCAGCAUGGUGCGCCUGCCUGUUGGGAGGCAUAUGCUGCUCUUCAAUGCAUAUUCCCCUGUGGGGCAUGCCAUACAUGUCUGCAGUAUGACGACAUUUGUCAUUGGGGAUGAAGAUGUUGUACUGCCCAACUUUGAGCCGGAGAGCUACCGAUUUACAGAACAAUCUAUAAUAAUUAUGAAGGCUAUUGGCAAUGUGAUUGCUAAUUUCAAAGACAAAGGUAAAUUGCCUGCAGCUCUGAGGGAUCUGCAAGCGGCUCACUACCCUAUCCCACUCAACAACAAAGAACUCACUGCUCAACACUUCCGGGUUUUCCAUAUAUCAUUGUGGCGUUUAAUGAAAAAAUCUCAAGUAGUCAAGCCUCCCUUAAACUUCAAAUUUGCAUUUCGGGCUAUGGUUUUAGAGACGGAUUUACUGGAUUCCUUCUCAGAGGAUGCCUCUUUAGCGGAAUGGGUAGACCUUAAAUAUUCUAUGCCAAUAAAUGAGAAGGAGUAUACUUCUGAGGAAAUAGCUGCCGCAGUGAAAAUUCAAUCCAUGUGGAAAGGAUCCUAUGUUAGACUGCUCUUGAGAGCCAGAACACCAGAAACAAAGGAAAAUGUCAUCGUUGCAGAUACACUUCAGAAAAUUUGGAUGGUAUUAGAGAUAAAUUUGGAGCAAUAUGCAUUGUCUCUCUUAAGACUAAUGUUUAAAAGCAAGUGUAAGUCUAUGGAAUCCUACCCAUGCUAUCAAGAUGAAGAAACCAAGGUGGCCUUUGCUGACCACACUGUGAACUAUGCAGACCAACCACCGAAUUCUUGGUUUAUAGUAUUCAGAGAAACAUUUUUGGUUCCUCAAGAUAUGAUCUUACUCCCCAAAGUGUACACUACACUCCCGGUCUGUAUACUGCAUGUCGUUAACAAUGACACAUUGGAGCAGGUGCCCAAGGUCUUUCAGAAAGUGGUGCCUUACCUUUACACCAAGAACAAGAAGGGAUAUACAUUUGUGGCUGAAGCGUAUACUGGUGACACAUUCGUAUCAGGCGCACGGUGGAAACUGCGGCUCAUAGGCUCUUACAACCCACUACCGUUUCUCUCCCGUGACUCUCCAUGCAACAAUUUCACCAUAAAGGAAAUCAGAGACUACUAUAUUCCUAAUGACAAGAAAAUCCUGUUCAGGUACUCCAUUAAAGUGACAGUGGCACAGUCUAUUACGCUACAGGUCCGCACAUCCAAACCUGAUGCCUUCAUCAAGCUGCAGGUGCUGGAAAGUGAGGAGGUCAUCGUAAGCACUGUGGGCAAAGGGCAGGCCAUCAUCCCGGCCUUCUACUUUCUUGGGAAUGAGAAAGCGUUGAGCUCCCAGUCUAGCAAGCAAGUUCUUUUAUCUCAUCCCUUACCUAAGAAAGAACCAGAAGUGCUGACCAAGAAGAAAUCUGGCCAACAAAGUCAGAAAUCCUUCAAAGGAAGACCUGGGGGUGUACUAACAGACACAGGAAUGCCCCUGCUGGAAGAAGAAGUUUUGAACAUACCCACUGUCGAAGAAAAUUCUAGCACACCACAGCAGGCCAAGCAGUCCCAGUUUUCCCGUGGAGGCCAAGUUGAAGGAAACCAGGUGCUUAAGUGCUACAAGUACAUCAUACAGUGCUUGGUGCUGUUUAACAGCUGGCCUCUAAAUGAAACACAGCUGACAUUUGUUCAAGCACUAAAAGACAUGGAGAAAAUUGAUACCAAAGCUCAAGUAGAGAAACAUGAAGAACCAGCUCCCAUGGGAAGCCCAGACUCCCAUACUGUCAGCGAAGGGCAGAAAUCUGUAGGAAUGCCCAAAACAACACGAAAAGGCAAGGAGAAGUCUGCUGAGAAGGAGAAGGCAGCUAAGGAAAAACAAGCCCCUCGAUUUGAACCGCAGCAAAUACAAAUGCCCACUCCUGUUCACUCUCAAGAAGAUCCAAACAAACCCUACUGGACCUUGCGGCUGGUCUCUGAACAUACCGACUCAGAUUAUGUUGAAGUAAAAAAGGACACAGAACGAGCAGAUGAAAUUCGUGCCAUGAAGCAAGCUUGGGAGACUACUGAACCCGGGAGGGCCAUCAAGGCUGCUCAGGCCCGUUUGAAGUACCUGAGCCAAUUCAUUAAGAAGCCAGCUGAUACCAGCACCACCUCUGCCCCCAGCCCUGAGACUUUGUCUGUGACUCAGAGCCAAACUAAGUCCUCAGAAGAAGAACUAGGUAUUGGGAAAGAUGCAGACUUCAAAGAAGUGCCACCAAGCGCAGCAGGAAGUGUGCUGUGGAAGAAGUGGCAACUGACCAAGACCCUCAGCUCUCUGACAAAAGCCAUAAGCAACGAGAGUACAGCAAAGGAAGAGCUGCCACGGAAGGAGAUCCCUGUGGUCCGACUACGAUCUCCAACAAUUUUGGAAACAUCGCCACAACAAAUUCGUAAAGCACUAGAGUUUUUGGAUUUCAGUCAUUAUGUACGGAAAACAACUGAUGAGGCCUUGCUGCAGACAGAUGAACUGAAUAAGCAGCAAGCAAUGCAGAAGGCAGAAGAAAUCCACCAGUUCCGGCAGUACCGCUCCCGUAUUCUCAGCAUCAGAGACAUUGAUCAGGAAGAACGUUUUAAGCUAAAGGAUGAGGUUCUGGAAAUGUAUGGGGAGAUGCGGGACUCUGUAGAUGAAGCCCGGCAGAAGAUCCUUGAUAUCCGGGAAGAAUACCGAAACAAGUUGCUGGAGGCCGAGCGCCUGAGGAUGGAGGCCUUGGCAGCUCAGGAAGCUGCAGUGAAGGUGGAAGUAGAGAAGAAGUCUCCAGCUUCUGACUCCCAGAAGAAGAAGAAAGGGGGAAAGAAAAAGUAACGCCCUCGUGGUGCACCGUGCCACCGGGGAGAGAGUGUCGGGCAGGGCAUAGUGCGCUAUCAACCACGUUGCCUGUUGAUCAAACCUUAGAUCAAUUGAAACUGGAGAAAUGUUUCUACAUUUUAAUGUUAGCAUGUUGACUUUUGUUACAAAGGAUUUGAAGGCACUAGUGUCUCAAAUGUUCUAAUUUCAUUAAUAUUGUUAACAAAUAAAUGCUUAGGUUGUAAAUAA